AUGGACUUGAAGACUUGUAAGAAGAGGGAGAGGAAGGCGGCAAGAUGUCCCCCCGAGUCGAUGGAAGAGCUUGUUCUCGAGAUAUUUUUUCGGCUGCCAGUGAAGUCCCUCCUGCGGUUCAAGUCUCUCAGCAAGGCCUGGUGCGCAACCAUCUCCGACCCCAUGUUCAUCCGGAGUCACCUUGAGCACCAGAAACCAUCGUGGCUCAUCACUCCCCACGCCUUGGACAGUACUAUCGAAGCUGAGGAGUGGCCAACCACCUUCUCAACCCAAACCCGCUUCUACCGGUGGCAGCUAGGGCUAGGUGUCUCCGAUACAAGGCUGAUGCAUGCAACUGACUUUCCCGGCGAGUUCAGCUCAAUCGCUCUCAUUGCCCACUGCGACGGUCUGGUGCUCUUCCCUACCAACACCAAGCUCUACCUCUUCAAUCCGGCCACCAGGGAGACAAUGACGUUGCCUGCAAGUAACCGUACCAAAACACAGUACAAACAUAUGUUCCUCCCGACGGGGUUUGGUUUGGACCAUCGCACUGGCAAGUACAAGGUAGUCCGGGCAUUCGUCCGCUCCAAAGAUCCUCUCACAGAAGUUUACCGCAUGGGGAUGGAAGUGUUCACUGUUGGUGAUGGUGAGGCAUGUACUUCUUGGAGGGAAACCACGACUGAUUUGCCUUACUCUGUGGUCGAGUGGAUAACCGGGAAAUUCGUAAACGGUGGAUUGUUUUGGGUCAUCGACAGGUUCCAUCUUGAGCAUGAUCGAAAUGGCUGCGUCCGCUUCAGCCUGGAAGAUGAGACGUUCCGCGUCAUUCGUCUACCGGAUCCCUUGCCAUUGGAUCGUGCACUCCAUGAAUCCUUUCUGUUGGACGUGAUUCAGCAGGGCAAGCUGUGCCUGACAGGUGAAAUCGUGUCAGAUUAG